AACAAAGAACGGCCCUCUAACUCGCAAGUUGCUACAGCAAUGUCGCGCAUAGAUUUGGAUGAUGUGGAUGCCACCCCUAGAGGAACCGCCAUUACCUCCUUGUCCGAUGUCGUGGUAGGUAGUAUCUUCCAGUAUUUGUACUGGAAGGAAAAGAUAAUGGCAGUGGAAGCCUUCCCAGCAUGGAGCAGAAUUCUUGACUCUUCUUUCGGCUGGAGACAUUUUGAAAACGACCGCCGCUAUGCACAAUCCUUUGAUGCUCUCAAGUCCACCAACUACUUAUUUGAAGAAAUCACAUGUAUUGCACGGUAUGGACAGUUCUUCACCCAUGCUGUUAUAUGGCUGAGAGACUGGGAAUUAAUUGACAAUCCUGAGGAAAGUGACUUUGCUCUGCUAGGGGCUCUAGAGACACACUGUUUUCGUCUAAAGUCACUGGUCAUCUACCACCCACCCGACCUCUCCUCCUCCUUCAUUAUCCGGUCUGCUGUGCCCUACAUCCAACCUCUGCAGAGGAUGCUCAGCUUCAGCCCCUCCCUGCAGGUCAGUCUCUACCGUUUGCUCUACUUCUCAGAGGAAACUCGGACUGGUGCCUCCAAGCUCCUUCACUUCUAUCACGAUCACAAUGUGCUGCAUAAGGUUGCCUGCCUGGAUUUUUCUCAUGGAGUGAAGUUGACAUCUUCAGUGCGUCCUAUGAACUGUCUGGUCUACUGCACGUCGCUACGUGUGCUCAAAUGCCCCAUCCAAUAUCUGAACACCCUGAUUUUGCAACAACUUGUAGAAUUCAGCCUGCAGGAGCUGUACCUGAUCAAUGAUGAGCAUACCCUUCAUCUGAAUUAUGUUGAGGGAUCAGCCAUUCACUGGCAUGCCCUGCAACUCAUACCUGGGAGGAAACUAAAGGUGCACUAUGUGUUCAAGACCAGGCCAGUGGACUUGUGCCCAAAUCCCUACGCAUGCAGCUUGGUAUUUGACCAUAUUCUUUACAACAUUUCUAGGACACUCUUGCUGUCUGUAGCCGAUAUGUAUGGAGCCACACUAGAACACAUUGCCUUCAUGCUAGCCGCCUACAGCGAUGUGCCUUUCUCGGAUUUGGAGGACCUGCCUACUAACAUCCAGACCAUGGCGUCGAGACUGACGUGUGUGCACACUGUGCUGCUUAACCUCUUCAUCCCAAAAGAUGCACUUAUCAGCCUGGCUCGGCAUGCCCCAGCUCUCAAGACGCUGCUUGUCUAUGAACAUAAAAUUUUGUUUGACAGACAUGCAGUCAACACAGUUGAGGAAAUAGAGGAACUGAAAAGCAUAAUUUCUGAGGCACUUGGAUAUUCCUGGAAACCUGUGAAAGAUGAAAACACUUUUAAUAAACUAUCUGGUUAUAGGCAGAGUCUGCUGUUUCAGGAUUUUUUUCGCCAGUUGCAGGAUUUCUUGUUGUGAAGAUUGCAGACAUCUGUCAGUCAAAAGCCAGACCUGGCCCCCAUGCUGCUUUCAAAGUCUAAUAAUCAAAGACAAACUCUUAAAAAUUUUGUUUAUUUUCAACAGAAUAUUUCCCCACAUAGCAACAACAAUAAACAGGCGCUGAGCUACAGUUUCAAA